GCCCGCCCAGACGCCGCCCGUCCCGGCUCCCGCGCGGACGCGGAGGAGAUGAGCGCGCCGGCGUCCGCGCCCGAGCGGGGCUGGAAGAGCGAGAAAGUGGACGAGGCGCAGGCCCUGGCGCGGAGUUGCGCGGCCCGCAGACCCGACUUCCAGCCGUGCGACGGGCUCUCCAUCUGUGCCACGCACAGCCACGGCAAGUGCUUCAAGCUGCACUGGUGCUGUCACCUAGGAUGGUGUCACUGCAAGUACGUGUACCAGCCCAUGACCCCCGUGGAGCAGCUCCCAAGCACUGAGAUCCCUGCCAGGCCUCGGGAGCCCACGAACACCAUUCAGAUCUCAGUCUCUCUCACCGAACACUUUUUGAAAUUCGCGUCCGUCUUCCAGCCUCCCCUUCCCCCUGACUCACCUCGGUACUGCAUGAUUUCAGACCUCUUUAUCGACAACUACCAGGUCAAAUGCAUUAACGGGAAGAUGUGUUACGUGCAGAAGCAGCCGGCGCCACACUCCCACAAGACGAGCCCCGAGGAGGUCUCCGCACACGAUGCCUUAAUUUCGAGAGAGAGCAGUACACCAAAAAUAGAUCACUGCUCUUCUCCCUCCAGUUCCGAGGACUCCGGGAUCAACGCCGUCGGGGCUCACUAUGUGGAAUCGUGCGACGAGGACACGGAGGAAGGCGCAGAACUGAGUUCAGAGGAAGACUACAGUCCCGAGAGCAGCUGGGAGCCGGACGAGUGCACCCUCCUCUCCCCGUCGCAGUCCGACCUGGAAGUGAUAGAAACGAUAGAAACCACCGUGUGAGCGCCCGGGCGGGAAGCUCAGCCUCCGGUGCUGGCUGAGUUCUUGUACUUUGUCUGAUGGAUCCUUUUUCCAAUGCUGUUAGGAUUUUCUACCCCUCUCUAACACCCAUAGCAGUUCAGUGGUCUGCUGAUUAGCUUCACUCUUAGUCUUUAACCGAGAUUGUUUUUAUGAUACACGAUUUUCCUUUUGUAUCUUGAGGUCCUUUCUAUGUAGCAUCUGGCGUCAAGAAUUGUGACCCAGCCUUAAUUUCACUGGGGACUUGGAAAGCAGAGGAGCGUCGAAGACAUUGAGGCACACUGCCAGAGUGAAGGUGACGCUGUGUUCUAGAGAGCUGGUCUCCCACAGACAGGCUCUUGGCAUUGUUUUGGCCUGGGCACAGGUACCCCCCACCUGGAGGUCCCGUGGGGGAAGCAGCUCACUCGAUGGGAACAGAGUGUGCACUGGCAAGGCUGUUCCUGCCCUUCCCCCUCUCCCUGCUGCCCGCACUGCAUCUGGGCCAGAGCUGUCUCAGCUCAUGUCGGGGGAGCCAGCGGAGGCCACGCAGCGAGCCUGGGCCGAGCUAGAUUUUCCCGCCAGAGAUGGCCUCUCCAGUUUCCUGCUCAGUCUAGCUUUAGCUGAGCACCGCCCUACACACUGCAGGGUGCUAUGGGGAUGCAGCGGGAGCCCAUCCCCACAGCGACCCAGCAGGGGACCUGACACAGCCCUGAGAACCCGGGGGAAGGAGGCAUGGACUUGGCCCUGGCAGCCGGGGAAGGUGUUGCAGCAUUCGGGCUGGCCUCUCGGGUAGGUUCCCCAACAUUUCCUGCUUUUCUUAAUUGUUCUCCAAACCUGGAGAUAACUUUUAGAAAGUUAUAUAGGUAUUAUAUUUAGGAGGCAGCCACAUCAAGAAACAAAAACCCAGUAAUAGUUUUAGUUAGCAUGGAAAUGCUAAAGACGAAAGUCCUUUAGGGAUUAGGAAUGAAUCUAAUAGGUUUGAUUACUUCCGCUUCAUUUGGUUGUAUGAAGCACUAGAAGGCGUAGGUGAGAAACGGGCUAGCAUUCAGUAUGCUGCAUGGAUUUUUUAUGCAAAUGCAAAAGCAGUUGAGUUAGUUUGCUGCUAAGUCAGGAGAAAACAUUGUGUGUAACGGUCACUCACUCUCCUAUACCGACACUCAUGCUGUUGUUAUGUAUGUUGUCUCACACACACAGAAGAGUGAUUCUGUCUUACUUAGCUCUCUUCACAACCCUACUCCUCAUCUCCAUUCACGCCAGGCGUUCUCUUGUGCACUGGGUAUCUGCCACUUCUCCCAGCUUUCUAUCCACGAGGCUUAGUUAAGAAUCCAGAGACUUGAAAGUGUGGCCUAACGAACUGUGAACCACUGGAGCUGGAGAUAGAACACUUCUCACACCCCAGGGCUCCGCGAGCGCGCUCCCUGGCAUCAUGGUGUCUCCUCAUGAGUCUGUCCACGUGUGUUAAGGGAUAAGAGGAGGCCUGCUGUAGUCUCCCCUAAGCCUCCACUUGGCAUCAUUCCCCAGCUGCUCACGGAGGAACCUGCUUUCCUAGUCCUGUGUGUGGUUCAGGUGAUCAGGUAGAACUCUGAGGGUUAGGUGCCCAAAACAGAUAGGUUUUAGAAGAUGGAGUGCAUUUUUCUUUGAAAACUGUUAGUUAAAACUUCUAUGCUUAUGAAGUUCCCACUUUAUGUGAAGUCAAGGUGGUAAGAGGGGCUCUAAGAACAAGGCACGGGGGAGGGCAGGCCGAGGUAGGUGUGGCCCGAGUGGGAUUCGCCCUGCCUGAAGCUCUCAGUGACUCUGAGCAAGUGGGCAGCUGAAGGCAGGCCUGGGAGGCAAAUGCCCACAAGCCACCUCCCAGGCCACGGGAUGGGGUUCCGGUCGGUGCUCAGGCUCCUUGCCGCACCACCAGGACCCGGCAGAGGUGGAGCGCUUCCUGGCAUGGGGCUCCCUGACUCCCCCGGGGGCACACAAUGUGGCUCCCUUCUCUAUACCCUUCACGUCAGUUUUCUCUUACGGCCUCACAGCCCCACCUGUUAAACUGAUGGCAGCCAGCACCCAGCUGUGCACAGCCAUGGAGCUCCCUAGUCCCAGGGCCACACAGCUCGGGAGUGUGGCGCUGGCCGAGUGGGGCUCGUUCUCAGUAAUAUCUAUGACUUCUGUCCAGGUUCUUGUUUUUUUACAUUUCUGAACUGCCAUGCAGAGUAGCCACGAUUUUAAUGGAAUUUUUUGGAUUUGAUAACGGUUGAUAAUCACUUUAAAUAUUUGCACAAUCUGUUUAUAAUUAAAAACUCACUAAGCUUCACUUACUACUAUCUGUUUUAUAGAAUUGGAACUAUCCCAUUGGAUUCUAAAUACCAGAUACUUCUGGAUCUCAAAAUAGCCUUUUCUAAAUAAGCACAAGAAUUUUUUUGUCCUAGCACAGUUAAUAUUAAUGAUUCUCUGGAAUAUGUGCUUCAACUGGAGUUGUUUAUGCCUGCAUUCCAAAAUCAACUGAGUAGUCUAUAAAAAUGUGUAGUCUGAACUUAAACUCUAGGCCUAUUCUGUUCUGUGUUAGAUGAAACAGUUUCUCCACAGCCCUGAUACUAUGUGGCUGGUGUGUGUACGCAUAUUCAUAGGCACUUUAGAAAAUGUUUAGCCUGCCGCGUGUCCUGCAGCCCGUGAGCGCACGCGCGUGCAGCAGCCGCUCCCGAACGCAGCACGGCGGGGUGGGCGCUGGGUCAGUCGUGGGCAUGCACGCGCCUGAGUGGCUCACUGGCCUCUGUGGGAAGCGUAGCGCCUGUGUACGUUGCUCAGAGUUGCUGUAGAAGCUCAAUUCUCUAAAUGUGAAAUUUUAACUUUUCUCAUCUAAUGAUUUAUGUUAGGAUUUUCAAGUUUCAGAUAUAAUCACAACUUUUCUGAGAAAUGACAGAGCAACUAAAAUGCUUCUGUGAUCAUAGCCAUUUGGUAUAUUUAAAAAAUAAGGCUUUCUUGGCACAUCUAGGUAUUUUAUACCUUGCGGUUUUUAAGAUUUGAAACUCGAGUUCAAGGAUAACCCUGAAGAAAAACCCCCGCCUUCCUGAAGGGGCGGGCUCAGUUCUCGAUACCACAUGGAACAUCAAAACGCGCGUUGUCGGGACCACAGCACCUGGCCAUUUUCCUAAAACUACUUUUUAGAUCUGGUUUUACCUUGGGAAUGCUGGGUUUAUUUCCUAACCUCCAAACCCCAGCCCAUCUGAAAUACCACAGCUCUUUUGGGACUGAUUGUAACAAACUCGUUUUACGCAAAAUCAGUUCUGUCUUGGGUCACGGGAUGCAGCCAGAGCCUUCAGAGAGCCGGCAGCGCACGGCCCCACCAGGCAAGGAGAAAAGCACAAGUUAAAAUAUGUGUACAGUCAGCUCGCGAGUAGUCUCACGUCUCUGCAGAAUUUCCUUGUCGCAUUGUGGCUUCUGACACGAGAGAAACAGGUUCGCCACUCCUCUUCCCUGCCGGAAGGCGCCCCAGCAGCUCUGCCGUCCUGCAGGGAGGCGGCGGGCAGGGACCUGGGCCCGCCCACAGCCGGACAGAACUCCAGGGCGCUUCUCACGUGGCUUUGGAACCAUUCGCCGUUUGCCAGGACGGCUGCGAGCUGCCUGCUGUGGCACAGGGCCGUGUGCCAGCUGUGCCUGGCCGCGGGUUCCAGGCUGAGCUUGCGUGUCCGCGUGCACGCGGGCGCACCUUGCCAUGCUCACUUGCUGUGCCCUUUUCUAAAACCUGUUUGUUUGAAAGUUUUAAGCACAAUGUUGAGUCUUCUGUGAUGCUGUUUUCCUAUAGACAGCUCCGAUUUCCUUUAUGUGUAAUACUUUAGCAGAAUACUGCCUUGUGAAAAUAAACGUGGUUUUUUCCCCUUUUGUAUCAGAACAGAUCUGCUGUGUGGGGGUUUGGAAUGCCGCCCUACCUCCUCUCCCGAAUUGGAGAGCUCUGUCCAAUUUAAACCCCACCACAGUGUAAGCUUUAAAGAAACCCACAUUCUCCAAAUGUGACACGUUCACAGUGCGUGUUUACCAUGGCCAGAAGAUACACCGUGCAUACCCGCUGUCCCCUCUCAACUGUCAGAGCUUCAGAGCGUGCACGUAAGCACCGUCGCCCACUGCCGGCCCACCGCGCUCGCGGUGACUCCGAAAACUCUGAUCCUUUGUUGGCUACAUCAGGUUUAUAUCAAAUAAAGCUUGUGACCCACAAAGAGCAA